AUGCUUCUGCUCAUGUCUGAAAUUCCUGAAGGGGAAGUUCCUUUACACUUUUGCCAACGCAAAUCAGAAUUCCGGUUCACAACACAACAGACACCCAGUCUAUUACUGAGCCCUUCCUCAAGCAGCCAAGGCAGCUGCCAUGUGUGCUACGGCUCCGAUGACUGCGUGGGGGUCGCAGCCUCCUGGUGUGAAUACUACCAGCUCACCACCAGCGUCCUGGCUGAGGAGCAGGAGCAGGAGACGGCUGCCGACCCGGUGCUGAAGGCUGAAGUGGAUACAGCUCUUUAUAAUGUUUUGAAGACAGACACGAGUUUCACGGAAUGUAUACCGUAUGUGUCCCAGUAUACGAACUGCGAUAAAGAGUCCAUCUGCUCUGGCUGCCAGUUCUGCAGCUGCGACGGCGGCGGACGCUGGCGCUGCGCCCCGAGGCAGGGCUGCGAGCCGGGCGCGCCCCGCCGGGAUGUAGAUCGCCGGCUGCUGCAGCGAGCCAUGAAGCUUCUGGCUGGUAGACCUGCUGAUGUUAAGCCUAAUAAGUUACACUACAAACCACCAGGAACUCACCAGGACCGCGUAAAGCGUUCCUUCCGCGACCUCGCGCGCCUGACCGGCCUCGGCGCCUGGAUGGACGAGGUCAGACUGCACUCCCUCAGCACUGUGCGCCCAUCCACCAGCCCUCUUGAUGAUGAAGGAAACUCAACGGCUUCUAAUGUAACAGGGUUGAAGGAUGAACCAACGACGCUGUUCAACACGUUGGCUCGCUGGAUGCAGAGCGUGCGGCCGCGCAGCAUGGCCAGCAUCAGCGUGACUCCUGACCGGGAGGAGAUACGGAAUAUCAUCAGGACGAUCUUCGAAGAUAUGCAAAACAAAAAAACGAUUGGUUUCAAACUCUUUGCAACUGAGAAACUAAACGACGAUCUCGGAUUGGAGAACUUUUCAUUCAAUGAGUUAUUGAGUAACUUCUCCAUGAACAAUACUGGGUACAACAUGACGAAUAAGGACCACGAUAGUUCAGAUUUCACAAAGCUCCUGAUUGCCCUGUUCGUAUACAUGUUUAUUGAAAGUUUUCUAAUUUCAGAUUUAUUGGAUAAUGACAUUUCUUCUGACCGUUCAACUCGUAUUUUGAAAAGAGAUAUAGUUAACGAUGUUAAUGAAACUACUUCAAAUACCAAUGUAACAGUUAAUUCUAACUUAACAGCGGCCGAUAAUCUAAAAAAACAGAAUUCUACUUUGAAGGUUCUAGACAGCAAUAAUAGUUCAAAUUUGUUAAAACAUAAGACAGACGAUGAUGUUCAAAAUAUUUCAAAAACACAAAAAGACAUGAAUGAGAAUGUUCUUUCACCGUUAGCUGAUAUAAUAAUAGAGAAACAAAAUGAACUAGCUGAACUACUCAACAUUAGAAAACAUCUAAUAAAAAAUAUAAAAUCUAACAAGAAUUUAAACUUUUCUUCUAAUAUAGCAGACGACCUGAAAGAAAACAAAACACAUUUUGAAAUGUACAAACUAGAGAUUUUACCAGAAUUAUCCAGAAACCAUGGGUUUGUAGACAAACUAGAAAUUUCACCAGAAUCAUCCAGAGAACAAAGUGAACUAAAUAAAUAUAUGGAUACACUAAAUAAUGAUGUUUUGAAAAUGGUUCUGGAAAUUUCAGCCAUUCAAAGGUUAUCGAAAGAACAAAAAGUUAUUAUACCAAAUAAUUUCAAAACAUUGUCAAAUGCUAUCAAGCUAUACAUUCAAGAACUUAAAGAUAGUAAAGAUAAAACCGAAAUACGUGAUGUAUUUAAUUCAUCAAAUAACUUGAAAAAUGAAAGAGAUGAAGUAAAAGGUGUGGCUUCUUACAUAGAAAGUGGGUUUUUGAACGUUUUUGAAAUUAUGGACAAAAAUAAACAUACUUCGAAUAUCUUAGCACCACUAUCCAAGAAUGCUAAAACGAUAUUAAAGAGACUAAUUUUAUCUUUGACUGACUCGAUUAAUUCAAAUGACAUUAAAUUAGCUGAAAAAACACAGCUUAUCAGUAAGCUAAAGAAAGCUCAAUAUGAAUGGAAAAAAAUUGAAGAAAGGCCAAGAAACACCCAUGUGAGCGACUCUCUGCAUGAUCUCAAACUUAAACAUCUGGCUGUGACUUUUAUGGUUAAUGAACUUACUCAAUUACUUUAUCAAAUAAAUUUCUUCCAAUCUCACAGAAUGAUCCCACUAGAUCUAGAUGAAAUAGAAACUACUGUGAAUGAAAUAAGUCAAACGAUUGAAUCUAAAAUAGGAUCGAUACAUGAUUAUUUUAAUAAUGAAAAACUAAUCGCAUCUUCGACAAGUUCAAGUAUGUUUAGCGAUGAUUCUUUAUCAACAACAACUAAACCACAAGGGAAGAAGAGAAGAAAAUUAUUUUUUAUGAAACGCUUGAAGAAAUUGAUUAUGAAAUUCAUGCCCAAAAAAAAGAUUCCAAGGCAGACGGAAGAAAUACAUAAAGCUAAGUUGAUGACAAUACAAAAGGAUAUAAGUGACUGGGAAAACAACGCACAACCCCGGAAUAAAAGAUCGCCACAUGGGCCGCCCGAAAAGGUUAAAUUCAAACUUCAAAAUAUUCUACCAAAAUACUUACGAAGGAGGUUUCACCACAAUGGUUUGAAAAAGAAUACGAAAAAUUCUCUCAUAAAAGGAAGGUCUAAACGAGAAGUUCCAGUACCAGUGAUGGUGACGCAACUACCGUGGUGGGUGCGGGAGGAGCAGACCCAGUUCCCGUGGUGGAGGAACCACACGCGAGUCACCAUCGUGAACAGAGCGAGGCUGCAGCGGAGGCCCCAGAAACACGCACAGAAAAAGAAGGGCAUAUUCUCCGUUCUUCGAGAUCGCAUUGCUGAAUUCUUCUCUGGUUGAAUGGAUACGUCAAUAAAUAUUUAUUUCAGAUAGUUAAAGGUGGGUCUACGCUAGACGAACCGAGCACGAGCGGAGCACGAGCCGAACACAAUUCGUAUAGUGUGGAAAGACCGACAAGCCUCGAACGAGCGCGCUGCGAACGUUUCCGCCUGUUGUCGGUUUUUUGACGAACACAAAUUGUUUUGCUUUGCGCUCGCAGUGCAUUCGAGGACAGUGAUCGUUGUAGGUUCGUUGUUCGUCCACAUUUGACACCGUGAACGAUGAAACCUGAAUGGCUCCGCUCGAGCUCGCUUCUUCUAGCGUAGACCCACCUUAACGUUUGUUGUUUUUUAACACUUACAUGUCUAUAUAGUCACACUUUCAUUCCAUAGAACAUUAGCAAUCGUCAAUUUCAAGGAGCAAAUCUCAUAUUAUGGAUCUGAUGGACGUUUGACAGAUAAGCGAUGCUGCUUAAAAAGUGGAUUGCUAAUAUGUCGGUGUUGUUCGAUUCAAUCUAAGUAUAGGUAUAUUUAUUUUAAGAUGCGGGUAGGUUACAUUAUGUUUUCGCGAUCGGAUUCAUUUCUAAUUCAUCUGUAAUUUUUUAAUAAUAUAAUUCGGAAUAAAUACCUAUACCUACUUAUAUGUGAUUAUUGUCAUAAAAUACCGCUACUUGCUGAUAUACAUUAAAAUUGUGCAAAUUAUUACAUAUUUUGAGGAACAGGAAUUGUGCGAUCGGGAAGAUUUUGUCGGAUUCGUCUAUUUGCACCUACUUCGUUAUGCCCGCCUGGAUAACUCGAGGUAGGUUCUUACUUACGUUACGAACCCUCGGCUGUGGUGUAGAUAGU